AGAAAACACCCUUUUCCUGGCUUGCAAACUAACAUAGCUUCCACAAUUUGUCAUAUGUGGUGUUGACAACUUAGCUCUUGAUUAUCCACCAUCUAUUGUAUUUGGGUUGUCGAUCCUUCACCCCAAAAAAUCAAAAUGUCAAUGAAAAAAUUCUGAAAAACUGAACUGAAGGAAGGUCACAUCUCCACCGACGAUGACAUUGCAUCGACCUUUUCGAAGAAGUUUGUUUCGGCACUGAUCAGUCGUGCGUUUCACCUGUAACAAAGGGUCAGAGUGGCUUAUGGCAUUGUCCGAUGCCGGCUCAAGCCUUCUGUCUAUCUGAUGUGUUCUGACUCGGAGUCACAGUCAGACUGCGCACAUUUUAUUUGUUAAUGUUAUGGCUCUGAAUCGUCUUUUUCACUAAGGGCUAUUGGAGAUUGUAUACGCGCAAUGACAAUGUCAAUCAAUCUCACAUUGUCCUCAUGAAUUACUGACGUAUCCUGUAAACCUAAUCAAAUUCUAAUUUGUUCCAGUCCAGUAACCCUGCAGUGUCUGUUGUCUUCUAUUCAUUUACUUCAAGAAGAGUACGAGGUUUCCAUUUCAAACUGACAGAGAAUGACAUUUGAUGCCAUCUGGGAAGAUCGUGACAUCCGCUUUGACAUCAAUCCCAGUCAAAUGCGGAUGCGACCUGGUGAAAAAAUGAUCGACAAACUGGAAGCCAUCGAGGACACGAAAGGCAACAAUGGUGACCGAGGACGAUUGAUGAUCACGAAUCUCCGUCUGAUCUGGCACUCACACAGCAUGAUGAGGGUUAAUUUAUCUAUUGGUUAUAAUUGCGUCCUUAACAUAUCUACGAAAACAGCACAGUCGAAAAUUCGUGGUAAUUCAGAGGCUCUGUAUGUUUUGACAAAAUGUAACAACACAAGGUUUGAGUUUAUCUUUACAAACUUGAUUCCCGGCACCCCAAGAUUGUUCACAUCAGUCAUCGCCGUCCACCGAGCAUACGAGACGUCCAAGAUGUAUCGAGAACUCAAGCUGCGUGGCGCUCUCAUCGCCAACAGAACCCUCCGUCUGCUCCCACAGGAACAAAUUUAUGAUCAGAUAAACGGAGCGUGGAAUCUCUCGAGUGAUCAGGGGAACUUGGGGACAUUUUUCAUCACAAAUGUGCGAGUUGUUUGGCAUGCCAACAUGAAUGAGACGUUCAAUGUCAGCAUUCCUUAUCUACAAAUAAAAUCAGUGAAAAUCAGGGACUCGAAGUUUGGCCUGGCGCUUGUCAUUGAAAGCUCUCAGCAGAGUGGAGGGUAUGUUUUAGGGUUCCGUGUUGAUCCCCCAGAAAAGCUCUCUGAAGCUUGUAAGGAGAUCCAGAGCCUUCAUCGAGUGUACAGCGCUUGCCCGAUCUUUGGCGUGGAGUUUGAGACGGAGGAAAAGCCCGAGAGUCUGGAGGCGCUGACGGUGGAGACGGUUUAUGAUGAUGUGGAGAUCGAGUCGUCUGCCGAACAAAGUGAUGCCUUUGCUGCUUACUUUGCUGAUGGAGAUAAGGACCAAGACAGAGAUCCUGUCUAUUCGGAGGAGCUCGGACUCGCCAUCGAGAAACUCAAGGAGGGAUUCACGCUACAAGGAUUAUGGGAGGUUACGACGUAGACUAGGGCCUCUGAUAGACUGAGAUAUGUUCAACUUGGGCUUGAUACGCAGUGGCAUGGGCUUGAUGCGUCGUCUCAAAGGCCGAGGUCAGCCUUGAAUCUAGUCUGUUGAUGCUGUUCU